AUGUCGUUGUCGGAAGCACAGCGGCUGAUGAUCAGUGCUUACUUGCACUCGGCAGAGCAAGGCAAACUCGUCCAGGCGGUGGAUGCUUUACACGAUUACCUACUCCAGGAGGGCCUUGCCUGGAGACAGGUGCUGCGAUGCGAUUGCAUUGGUGUGCACGAAGAGAACCGUGAUGGUUUAGGGCUUUCAGCGGGACAUGUUUCUGACCUUGUGUCGAACAUCUCCAGCAUCGGAUUCUCGGCGGCCGAGUUUCGAGGAGUGGCUAUCGAAAUUCCACCAACCGCAGAAGGAGAGGCACUUCGAAGCUUCAACCGCAAGGUCACCGAGGAGAGCAAUGGGAGACUGGCUCCUGCAAGCAACAUCCGAUUUGCAUCCAUCGUAGGAUCGCACGCCAACCAGGCGGCGAGAUGCUUCUGGUUUCAAGUUCCCCAUACCGAUGACAAGCUCACUGUGGACAACCGGCUUUCGCUCGAAAAGUUGAAGACCGUGGAUGCCGGUUGGCAUCGUGCCAUCCAGGAGGGCAUGCAAUGGUUGAUCAUCUCGCAUGCGGUGCCUGCUGCGUUCCCGCAGUACACCUCCCUCGCACAAGCUGCGGGGAACUCUGCGAUGCAGAUUGCAUCGGCAGAGGGUGAGAUGCAGCUGGCACGUAAGGUCAACACCGCUAUAGCCAGCUUCCUCAAGCGGACCUCGAAAACGACCGUGGAAUAUGCGGAUAUCUCUGCGGAGAUCCUCCGCAGCAAACCGCCCCAUGCGGCAUCCUUACCGCACAUUUUCUCGUUCGUUCUCAAGUGCGGCGGGGGCUCCGGCGAGGGGAGCUACCUGUCGCGAACGGAACGGUUCGUGCGAGGACACGGGGUGUCCAAUCGGUCGCUGGGUGCCGAGGUCUGGCAGGCCUUGAGCGCCGACUGCAAGGGUCCCAACCAACACGUGCUUUUCCGGCACAUGCUGCUCAAAUUGGGCUUGUGCGGAGCGACAGACAAGAGCCUGACGGUGACGGACGUCAAGAGGUCGCUCACGGCCAAAGACGUCAUGGCGAGGAUGGGCGAGGCAGAGACCGUGUUCUUGGAGCUUCAGAAGCUUCUGCAGGGACAGAAUGCUGAGAGUGCUGAGGCGGCACUGGGGUUGUGCGAAAUCCAGAUGGCAGCUGUGGUUUUGCAGAAGAAGAAGCUGACCCAGUUUGACACGAUUCACCAGGCGGCGGAGAAGUGCCUCGGCGAUUUCGGCAUUGCGAGCCCAUGGAGUCUCCGCAUGUUCGAUCAGGAGGGUGGCCUCGUAACCAGCUCACGUGUUUCCGAUCUUGGAUUUGCUGUGGGAAUGAAGGUUGUCCGUAAGGCGGAUGAGCAACAAGGUACCAUCAUGGAGAUGUCGGCCGACAAGGUCCGCUUGAAGCUCAGCGACGGGAAGCUUUACGAAGCUUCCUCCGAGUCCUUCGUGCAAGGCCGCUGGAAGGAGUAUGUUGUCAAGCCGGAGCCAGUCCUGUGCAAAGAUUGGCUGAAUUUCUCCCCCCCCAAAAGUGAGGAGUUCAUUAUUGCCGGCGUGAAAGGUCUCGUUUUCCCAUCGAUGUGGCAUCAGUACGAGAACUUGAAGAACGAGAAGUUCGAUGUCUUCUUGAAGCCGUCAAAGGAUGUCCAAGUCAAGUCCACUUACAAUGUUCACUCAUUGAAGCUAGCCAUUGCCAGCCCUCGUGUCGAUUGUCGUUUGGUCAGUGAGACUCUCCCUCCCGGAGCACUUCAGGUCGGCUUGUUUGCAACAGCCGGCAGCAAGCCAACUCACACGAUUUCCGUCCUGCCGACUUUUCAGGCGCCGAAAGCCGGCUCGGGCUUUAUCAACCCGCUGUGGCUCAUCAAGUCUACCUCAGAUCGCGAGGAAGGCAAUCUAGAAAUCGUCGGGGCCAACAAGCAGCAGAAGCUCACUUGCUUGUCAACCUCAGUCAAUCUUCCAAUGGUCCGGAAUUACAAAAAACUCCAGGCGGCCGAUAGCCUGGUCCUGUUCAGGCCUGACCAGCACAAGGCAGAGGAGAUUGAAAAUCUCCAGCCCGUGCAGAAGAAGGCGAGGAAGGCAUGCUCGCUGACUAGGGUUGCAGGGCCUCGCUCGCACCCGCUUGCUAAAAUGUCGGGGGAGGAGAAUGCCGCGGAGCUCGAAGAACAGGACGACCAACCUUUGAAGAUCUACACGGCCACGUGCAUAAGCGGAGGUGGCCUGAAAGGUGUAUGGAUGCCCACCAUCGAGGAGGCAUCCGGUGUGACUUUCAUCAAGCUGAACAAAUGGGACCGUCAGUUAACCCAAUAUGUUACAGGAAAGUCUCUCAAUCUUUUUUCGGGAUCGAAGAAGCCCAAGAACUCUAUCAACGUCCAUUGGUUUCAGACGAUGACCGAUCUUCGCCGUCAAGCCUGUAACGACUCUCUGAAAAAGCUCAUCGUACAGGCUGCGGAAGCAUCGGGCGGCAAGGUGCCCGAAAAAAUCCGCCCAGCAACACAGGCCGACGAGUUCCUGGCAGGUCGCUUUGUCACUGUGCAGGCUCCUCCGUAUAAGGACCCAGAGAACCCGGAUGCCGAGGAGGUGGAUGGUCCCCAGCUGAAGCUUCUGUGGAAGCUGAAGACACCGGACGUUUGGAUGGAGCUGACUUUCGAGAAUCUGGAAUAUGCCAAGAAGGCCAUCCUUGGAUCGCCGGCAUGGGAGCAGCCCAUCAGUGCCCGGGCCAAGCACAGCCCCAGAAAGCGGCGAAGGCGAGGCCCGAAACCACGUGGUCAUGAUGAACUCGGUGAAGAACCGUUGAAAGAUGACGGUGGCGAGGCGGCUUUGCAGAAUGCACCGAACGGCGAGGAAGAGGAGGACGAGGAGUGA